CAUCCCCAAGGCUUCCGUUUCCGGUUCUGGUAGCUGCGUCCGCUGUAAGGAUGAUCGGAGAUAUCCUGCUGUUCGGGACGCUGCUGAUGAACGCAGGGGCUGUGCUCAACUUUAAACUGAAAAAGAAGGAAACUCAAGGCUUUGGGGAGGAAUCGAGGGAACCUAGCACAGGAGACAACAUCCGGGAUUUCUUACUAAGUCUGAGGUACUUCCGGAUCUUCAUCGCACUGUGGAAUGUGUUCAUGAUGCUCUGCAUGAUUGUACUAUUUGGCUCUUGAGCCCUACGUGGAACCCAGAGCUCACCUGCUGGACGUCAAGGCUCUGUUUCUGUUUCUCAUGACUUCAAGAAUGCCUCUCACUGGAAAACCAGUCAGCUCAUUUGGGUGGAGAAUGUCCACCUUCCAGCCACCUGACCCUCGUCAGCCAUGGUUCCACCUGUGCUCCGAGGUCUCAGGAAGUCUGUAAGACAGUGACAAACUCAGGCUCCCUUAGGAGAAAGACACACCUAGAUCUUUCUCAUGUUCUGGCAUCCCAUCUCUGCCCAGCCUCUCCGGAAAGCUGUGCUGGGCUACUUCAUGGUUGGCCUCUUAGUGAUUUGCUUUAAUGUAUAAAGAUGGUUUUGUUUUUUCUCAAGACAGGGUUUUUCUGUGUAGCCCUGGCUGUCCUGGAAUUUGCUCUGUAACCAGGCUGCCCUCAAACUCACAGAGAUCUGUCUGCCGAUGUCUCCUGAGUGUUGGGAUUAAAGGCAUGAGUCACCA